AUGUUGUUGUUCUUGUUUUUAUUUAUGCAAGCAACAGAGGCUAUAAUAAGAAUAUUCUGAAAUAAUAUAAUGGUACAAAAAGUCGGGCGAAUCUGCUGUGCAAUAAUACGUCAAAAAAUGAGAGCGACACAAAGCAAAAUUCGUCAAUAAGGGAAAGAAAACGUGAAGAAACGGAACGGAAAGGAAAAGUGCAGACGCAAAUACAAAAUAAAUCGAAAUUUCGAUUUUGAAUCCAAGUGCUGCUGUUGCUGCUGCUGGCUGCUGGCCCCAGAUUAUAAUUGUGCGUUAGUGAUUUCUAUUCCAUCAAAUCAAAUCCGCACACACACACAAUCCCCGACGUUUAAUACUUACACAGAGUGUUACAUACAUACACAGUAUAAAUAUCAGAUAACGCGAUCAGAAAGAGUAAAGUAAAGAGCCAGGCAACGAUCCCUUGACAACAAACACAAUAAGGCACCCUCAAUGGACGACGAAUUGGAGGACAAGAUCUUCUAUCAGACAUUCGUUUCACAUAUGAAAAUCCUAUCCAAGUUCGCAGUGGGCUUCUCGUCCAUCAAUUCGCCCUUGGCAUAUCUAUGGAAACUAUGCCGCAUCUAUGUGCUCCGUCCCGAGGUCAUUUUCUGUGGCAUCAUUCUGUUUGUCUUGUUAAUCUAUUUGCAAGCGGUCGACGUGUGGAGUCGCAGCAUAUUGGGACGUAUUCAGGCCACGCUCGGUAGACAGAAGACGGCACGCGUCCAAGAGAUGACAAGCGGUGCGGGCGAUCAUCAGAGCUGGGAAGAGGUGCGUCAACAAAGUGCCGCCUUCGCUGUGCUGGGCAGAAGACCUCACAUGGAAGACAGAUUCAUCAUUGAGGAAAACAUUAACAACAACACGGGAAUCUCGUUCUUUGCCGUUUUCGACGGCCAUGGCGGCGAGUUCGCUGCCAACUUUGCCCGCGAUGUUCUGGUCAAGAAUAUCUACAACAAAAUCAUUGAUAUUAACCAGAUCCUGAAUACCGAGAGCUCGUCAGAGUACAGUGGAUACGACAAGAGUCCGUAUCUGGCACGCAAACAGAGCCGCAAAGAUGCCACCAACAAAGAGAAUGCCGAUCCCAUGGCCAGACGCGACAGUUUGCGUAAGGCGCACAGCACCACAGCGGAUUGCAGCGCAAUUAAGCAAAAGACAACGGAGGCAACUGUCGCCGACAUUUAUACGGCGCAGCUGAACAGUGCGAUGCGCGCCAGCGGCAACAGUGCGGCAAAAGAUUCAUUUCUGAAUAAUAACAACAAUGCGCAAAGUUCUGGCAACGCGCCGCCGCCAAGCUACGACGCCAAAUGCUACAUCGAACAUGGACGCAUUAAUUUUGGCAAGCUGAUCACGGACGAGAUACUGGCCGCGGAUCACAAGCUGGUCGAGCAGGCCAAGCUCGCAACCAACAUUGCAGGCACAACCGCUUUGAUUGCCAUCGUUAAGGACAGCAAAUUGAUUGUGGCAAAUGUGGGUGAUUCGCGUGGCGUGAUGUUCGAUGCACGCGGCAUUGCCAUACCAUUGUCGUUCGACCAUAAGCCGCAGCAGGUGCGCGAGCGGAAACGCAUUCACGAUGCCGGCGGCUUCAUAGCCUUUCGUGGCGUUUGGCGCGUGGCUGGGGUCUUGGCCACGUCACGAGCGAUGGGUGAUUAUCCCCUCAAAGAUAAGAAUCUAGUCAUAGCCACGCCAGACAUUUUGACCUUCGAGUUAAAUGAUCACAAGCCCCGUUUUUUGAUACUCGCAUCGGACGGCCUUUGGGAUACAUUCAGCAACGAGGAAGCCUGCAGCUUCGUGCAGGAGCAUCUGAAGGAACCGGACUUUGGUGCCAAAUCGCUGGCCAUGGAGUCAUAUAAGCGCGGCUCUGUGGACAACAUCACCGUCUUGGUCAUUGUGUUUAAGAACGACGUCUACAAAAUUGUCAGCUCGACGGCUGGCGGUAAAGUAGGCGAUGCAGCCUUAGCCAAAGCUCCAGCUGCUGCUGCAGCGGCUGUCGAACGCUCCAAUUCAAUCAAAACCAAGUAACAGAAGAGAGACUCUUCUGUACCGUUUCAAUAGCAACCUUAUAAAGUGCCCAAAAAAAUUUAUAUACUAUAAUAUAAGCAUUCGCGAUGCUUGUUUGCCUCGUCGCCAGCGCGA